GGGAGGGAGCGGGCGGGCGGAAGGGGGAGGAGAGGAGCGAGCCGAGCCAGUCCGGAGAGGGGGGGCCGGAGCGCGGACGCCAGGAGAGACGGAGCAGCGGCUCCCGGCCGGGCCAGCUCUGCGACGCCGCUGCCGCCGAGAUGCUCCAGACCUUGUAUGACUACUUCUGGUGGGAACGGCUGUGGCUGCCUGUGAAUUUAACUUGGGCUGAUCUAGAAGACCGGGAUGGACGUGUAUACGCCAAAGCCUCAGACCUCUACAUCACACUACCCCUGGCCUUGCUCUUCCUCAUCGUUCGAUACUUCUUUGAGCUUUAUGUGGCUACACCACUGGCCGCCCUUCUGAAUGUAAAGGAGAAAACUCGGCUGCGGGCACCACCCAACCCCACCUUGGAGCAUUUCUACCUGACCAGUGGCAAGCAGCCCAAACAGGCAGAGGUAGAGCUCUUGUCGCGGCAGAGUGGGCUCUCUGGCCGCCAGGUGGAGCGCUGGUUCCGCCGCCGCCGAAACCAGGACCGGCCCAGUCUCCUCAAGAAGUUCCGAGAAGCCAGCUGGAGAUUCACCUUUUACCUGAUCGCUUUCAUUGCUGGCAUGGCCGUCAUUGUGGACAAACCCUGGUUCUAUGACAUGAAGAAGGUUUGGGAGGGAUAUCCCAUACAGAGUACCAUCCCUUCCCAGUAUUGGUACUACAUGAUUGAACUUUCUUUCUACUGGUCCCUGCUCUUCAGCAUUGCCUCUGAUGUCAAGCGAAAGGAUUUCAAGGAACAGAUCAUCCACCACGUGGCUACCAUCAUCCUCAUCAGCUUCUCCUGGUUUGCCAAUUACAUCCGAGCAGGGACGCUGAUCAUGGCUCUGCAUGACUCUUCCGACUACCUGCUAGAGUCAGCCAAGAUGUUUAACUAUGCGGGAUGGAAAAACACCUGCAACAACAUCUUCAUCGUCUUCGCCAUUGUUUUCAUCAUCACCCGACUGGUCAUCCUGCCCUUCUGGAUCUUGCACUGCACUGUGGUCUACCCACUGGAGCUCUAUCCUGCCUUCUUCGGCUACUACUUCUUCAAUUCCAUGAUGGGAGUGCUACAGCUGCUGCAUAUCUUCUGGGCCUACCUCAUUCUGCGCAUGGCCCACAAGUUCAUAACUGGAAAGCUGGUAGAAGAUGAACGCAGCGACCGGGAAGAAACUGAGAGCUCAGAGGGGGAGGAGGCUGUAGCUGGGGGAGGGGCAAAGAGCCGACCCCUAGCCAACGGCCACCCUGUCCUCAGGAACAACCAUCGUAAGAAUGACUGAACCAUUGUCCCUGCUGCCCCUCAGAUUAAUGCGUAAAGCCAAGGAACUAGGCUGGCCUCCCCAGAGGACCACUUUAAGCCCUGGGGAGAAAGCAGAAAGCAAGGAGAGAGUUCCUGUGUCCCAACCCCCUGCUUGUCACCCAGUUGCCUUUAACCAAACUAACCAGCCUAUCCCCAGGUAGAGGGGAGGUUGGUGUAUCCUUUGCCAGAGGGGGGGAUGGACUUAUUUUCCUCUCUGUUUUCUAGGUUGUCCUUUCUAUUGCUUUUGAGGCCCUGCCUCAGCUCUGGGGGUGGCAAUUACAACUCACAUUCCUUAUUCUUCAGAAUUUGGCCCUAGCUGUUUGCUUCAGACUCCCUGACCUCCAGAGCCAGGGUCGUGCCUUACUGUCCCAUCUGUGGGCCUCAUUCUGCCAAAGAUGGACCAAGGCUCACCUUUCUAGGUUCCCUAACUUGGGCCAGAAACCAAAGCUGAGCUUUUUUUCCCUCCUGAGACACAAAUGAAUUGAGUGUAGGAGGGUACAUAAGACCCUUACCCUACCUCUGCCAAAAAAGUGUGCGUGUUGGGGGCCCAUACUGGGACUGCUUGGAUGGUCUACGUGUUAUUUCUCUGCCAGCUCUCUGUCAUCACAGGUCUAAGAUCUUACUGCCUCCUUCCUCUGGCCUCAUCCCCUAGGCUAGCUGGUUUGGAAUAGAACGGCAAUUAAUUCUUAUUUUUAUUUAUUAAACAUUUGGUGUUUUGGUUUUAAAGCCAGAAUUACAGCUAGCACCUGGUAUUUCAGCAGAGGGACCACUUCAGACCAAAAUGUACUGUUAAUGGGUUUUUUUUUUUUAAUUAAAAUAUAUUAAAGAUUAAGUAAAACAUGGUAAUAAGUGUCUGAGACUAGUAGGAACUGAGAAGGGAGAUCAACUAAAUAAACUAAGGUAGUCUUCCUCAUG